CUCUAGACUUAGCAUAUCGGUCCCGGCAUCGGUGAGAACAAGACGUGAAAAUGAAGCAACAAAUAGCGGUGGCCAUCUUGGUGAUCCUCGCCGUAGCGGCGGCGCACGUCUCCGUCACCAAGAAGUGCGAAUCCGUGUCCCAAGAUGCGUGCACUAUCCAAGAGCUGCGCAUCACACCGUGCCUCAAGGAACCCUGUGCGCUCAGGAAAGGACACAACGCCACCAUGCAGUUCGAUUACACACCGAACUUCUCGGCGGAGAAGCUGAAGACGGCCGUGUACCACGCGGCAGACGCCACCAACACUCCGUUCAGCAGCGUGGGCAUCGCCGACGCCUGCCUCUACACCACCUGCCCGGCCGUGCCCGGCACGCAGCACACGCUCACCUACCAGCUGUAUAUCGGGAAGAAGCUGCCCAGUGGCACCUUCUGGUUCAGAUGGAAGCUGUGGAACGACGCCAACGAGAGCGAAGUCUGCUGUUUUGAAACUAAAAUUAAACUUAAGUAAAAGUUAACAAAUAUUUAUGCACCUGACUACUUUCUUACGAUAUAAAUAAAAUAAUGUUCAAUAUUA